GCGAAACACGACACCCCUAGAGAGGAAGGGGGGUAGAGAAUACGGAGUGAGUGGAAAAUGAAAAGUCUGUAGAAAGAGAAAGAGAAGAAAAAAAACGUGGUUCCAUACUACUCAGAUUGAGAAUUUUCCUUGAGUUGUUUUGACUGCUGGAAUGAUGAUGUGGAAGAUUCGACCAUGCAACAUUGUAACGCGGUUAAACUGAUGAGCUAAAUAAUUAGAACCGAGUGUUACAAGGCAUUCCCCCGUUAUCGGCACGACGGACAUAAAGUUCAACGCCAUUCAGAGCUGCCGAUUGGAUUUAUACAAAGCUAGAACAUCAUUCGUCUCAACGAGUUGUGAAAAAAGGACACAAAAAAAGACAACUUGGAGCUCAAAAGUAACUCGGGAACAGUAGGGGGGCAGGGGUUUAGAGAGCUUGAGAACUGGGGGAUUUAGGCUAAGCUUAGAAACGGAAAAGUUUUAAAGCUAACGAGGAAUUUUGCAACAUAUCAAGAAGAACAACGAAGUCCGGGUGUCGAAGCUCGAAAUCAAACGGGAAACUGUCUGAAUUGACCAGAGUCACCAUGAAAACCCCGGGGGAUACGGGGUUCGCCUUCCCCGACUGGGCCUACAAGCCCGAGUCCAGCCCCGGCUCGCGACAGAUCCAGCUGUGGUGCUUCAUCCUGGAGCUGCUGCGGAAGGAAGAGUACCAUGAAGUCAUCGCCUGGCAGGGCGACUACGGAGAGUUUGUCAUCAAGGACCCCGAAGAGGUGGCCCGACUGUGGGGCGCCCGCAAGUGCAAACCUCAGAUGAACUACGACAAGCUGAGCAGGGCGCUUAGAUAUUACUACAACAAGAGAAUCCUCCACAAGACCAAAGGGAAGAGGUUCACCUACAAGUUCAACUUCAACAAGCUGGUGCUGGUCAACUACCCCUUCAUCGACAUGGGCUCUGGUAGGGGAGUCCCCCAGAGCGCCCCUCCCGUGCCGACUGGGGGCAGCCACUUCCGCUUUCCCCCCUGCACCCCGUCCGACGUGCUCUCCCCCAGUGAGGACCUGCGCAGCCCGGGCGUGUUCAGCAGCGUGGCUCGCCGCCUGGGCCGCGGCUCUGUCUCCGACUGCAGCGACGGCACCUCCACCAACUCUGAGCUGGAGGAAGGCGUGGGGGGUGAAGAACGUGGCGGCGCGGGCCCUGAACGGGCAUUCCGCGGCCUGCUCCACCCCCGCCUCUCCCACGACUCACUGUUUCGCACCUACGGAGGCCCUGGCGGGCUAGGCCGCCCCCCGCCCGGCCACAGGGUCCACGGUGACCCCAUGUCCCCGUUCCCUGUGUCCCCCCUGCCGGGCCCUGGGGGCCUCCUGGGCCCCACGCUGUCUCCGGGCCUUUCCAUGACCCCUGGCUCCCACCUGCCCUACACCCCGUCCCCCUCCCUCAGCCCCAUGCUGGGCUCCCACUUCUCCUUCAACCCGGACGACAUGAAGCGUUACCUGCAGGCCCACCACCAGAGCGUCUACAACUACCACCUCAGCCCCAGAGCCUUCUUCCACUACCCCAACAUCGUGGUCCCCCAGCCCCACAGGCCCUCUGCCGCCCCUGACAAGCCCAUGACAGCCCACCACCAUGCCCCGCCCAUGCCCCACUCCCAUUCGCUGCACCACCACCAAGGGGAGGAGCAGCACCCCUCGCCCUUCAAGUUCAAGCUGCAGCCGCCUCCGCUGGGGCGUAAACAGAAGGACGGCUCCACCUCCUCUACCGGGGGCUCCUCCUCUAGCCUAGGCUCCUCCUAUGCUGCCUCAGGGCUGCUCUCUAACUCCUCCUCCUCAGUGGGCCCAAAAAUCAAGGUGGAGCCCGUCUCCGACGUCGAGUCCGAUGAGGAGGUGGAGGUGACCGACAUCAGCGAGGAGGACGAGCUGCUCGACGACGACGAGGGAGACGUCUUCACCCCCCCUCAUCCCACCAACGGAACCGCCCCUACUGCCAUCACCAACGGCAACCUGGGCGCCAUCGUCGAGGACGACCUGGACGAGGAUGUGUUCAAGACCCCCGCCGCCCCUCCCAUGGCCCCUCUAACCCCCUCCCUGUUGGGCCUGAAGAGCGAGCCGGGCCAAGGCCCUCCCAUCAGUCCCGGCGGCACCCUCUGCAUCCCCCUGAAGCUGCGCUUCAAACGCCGCUGGAGUGAGGACCAGAAGAUGGAGGCCGAUGGCGAGCGCGAUGAGGCCGAGGACAAGAAAGUGCGGGCGGAGAAACAGGUGGAGCCAGCAAGGAGGCAGUCAGAGAAUGGGGAGGGGCCAAGGAGAAGCCUGUCCCUGAGUCUGCGCGCUCCUCCCCCUCCGGCCCAGCGCAGGGCCAGCUCCGAGUUGCAGAGAGCCACAGCCCAGCUCUCUCUGGAAAGCCAUGGAGCUUGCUGAGGCAGGGAUACCCACAAUCACAUGCCCGUACCUACAUACACAUUCACUCAUAUAACCAAGCAUGCACAUAGAAACAAGUGCCUGGGCAAAAAGCCUUUUUACUCCCAUUUUCAACACGUUAAAUCCAGAACAUUAACAAACAGCUCAGCAUGCUGUGACUGAGACACUAAGGGAUGGUCAUAGACACAAAUGAAUACUGACACCCCCUCUAAACAAAAGACCCCCCAGGGCCUAAAUCCAGGAUCCAUCCCUUAGACCUGUACACUCCCUUUAGGUGCCUCCCAUCUCCCCUCAACAUCUCCUCCCAGUAACACCCAUAGCUCCUUUGCCCCCCCCCCUCUAUCUUCAACAGACUUGAAAAGAGAUUACAGAAGUGCCUGUCUUCACGUACAAUGGUUUACAAAGCAGAGGAAAGUGAGGGGCCUUGUACCAACUCUUGUCAACUAUUCUAUCACCUUUGACUGGGAAGGGAGCUCAGGAGUCACAACGAAGAGACUUCCCUGUCCAUAUCUGUCUAAUCACUGGGACUGACUUAGAGAAUUAGGACUGAAUUUGUGUUGGAGUCAGCGCUCUCUCUUUGAUCAUCGUCCCCCACCGACUAGGGACAAAAAAACAAAAUGGCGUGCAACCAGGCCUUAAUGGACAGCUCGUGUACUGGGCAGGGUCCAGAAAGGGGAGCAGCAAAAACCCUUCAAGUUAGGAACCUACAAGUUAGGGGCCAUUAAUGUGGGGACCCUACAUUACUUUUGCACAAUCUUAUAAGGAGAGUGAAUCGAGGAGAUUGGUGAUUUGUCUGCUUGAAAUGGUGUUGAAAGAUUAUCUUAGAGGUCUCCUCUGUUCCCCUGGUUUGAGCCGCUUCUUUCUCCCUUAGAGAGAAAGAAAAAAGGACAGUAUUUGGGGAGACGCGGUGGGGCAUUUGCAGUGCACGGAGGGGUAGAAGUACCUCUGUAUAUACAAUGUUCUUGAACUGAAAUGAAUCGAUUUUAUUUUUUCUUCCCCUCACGCCCUAAAAAAGGUAUACCGUGAAAUGAAUGAGUACCCAGGUGGGCUCAUGCAAAGCCUUUUAGUGACAUUUUUAACUUUUUUAAUUCCUUUUAUUUUCUGUAUUUUAAAAAUACGCAGCCUAUUUUAUUGAACAAACAAGACAAAUUGAGAUUGUGCUUUUUUUAAACUGACAGGCGACUAUAAAUGAAUUACCCUGGCCAAAUAAUGUACACACACACACUCUAUAGAAGCCUCGAGCAUACCGUACUGAAAUUUGUUGGUGUGACCUUAUACACUGACUGCCACUUUGCCUUUUUUUUAUACCAAGAAACAGAUUCUGAAUGACUAAAACCAAUCCUACACAUUUUAUUUGAAUAUAUUAAAUACAAAUGUUAUAAUUCAAAAAAGAAUAAUUUGAUAUGAAUCAGGAAAUGCUAUUUUUUAAUGAUAACUAUGUUGGGCAUAUAUAUGAGGGAUCCUCUUCUCACCUUGCCUCUCUUGACAGUGGAGCUGAAUUGGAAAGAGUUCUUGUGCAAGAGGAAUCAGGACACAUUUUAUAUUUAUAAUGUAAAAACAAGUAUUCUGUUUGGGGGGGGGCUUGAAGAUUGGUGGGUGAAAAGCGACCAGUAAAUGAACAAAUAAUGGAGAAAUGUUGCAUUGUGGAAACUUUUAAGAUUUGGGGGUCACCUUUUCUGGCCAUCACUAAAGAACAGACACGCUUGUCUUGUCCCCCACCGAACCCCAACUCCAACCAGGAUCUCACCCCCUCUCAGCAACCCAAACUCUCCUGGAAACACAAGGACAAGGCACCUUUGUUGUCUAUUGAACCCACCGUUUGGCUGGACUUAGCCUUUGUCUUGGACCAUGAACUAUACUAGGAGAAUGCAGCAGUAACACUCCACCACCUGAAUAUGUACAUGUUUGAGGUAGAGCUGGUCUGCUAAGAGGGCUGUAAUGCGGGUUAACCUAGAGUAAAAGGAAGGUGACAUCACUAGCGAAAUGAUCCCCCACCCCCGUACUAGUCUCUGGCUUGGAAGACUCUUAACCAAAGAAACAACCCUCGCCCAUGCAGGAUAUGACAUCACAAAACCUCAGAGAGGGACUUCCCGUAAUCUGAGAAGACGCUCUGCGGGUGCCGUCUAGGUCCCUCCAGCCUUUGUAACUCAACAAGAUCCGGGCCAAAAAAAAAGACUCGCUCAGAGUUUGUUCAUAGCACUAGUAUGGUGUAAGUGGGUGUCUGUAUGCAGAUGCUGGUGUUGCCUUAGCCACCCAGCAAGUAUUUUGUCCUGCCUUGCAUUGUAACUGACAGCUGCCUUGUUGCUUCAAAAAAAAAGAAUCUAAAAAAUGUUCCUACUUUUCCCGCUCAAUAUUGCUGUUUUAUUAUUUGUCCAAAAUGAUUAUUACUGUCAUUGUUAUUAUUAUUAACAUUAUUUACUAUUUGAUUAUUUUGUACCCCUCUGGGCCUACCUCUUUUCCAUGGCUAUUUGAAUCUCUCGUGUUUUGUAUUUUAUAUUUUCAGUAUGUAUUUUCCAGACAACGACAACUCCUCCAUCUUACUAUUAGCUGAACUGAAAUGGUAGUUGUAACUUCAACUGAGCUAGUUGUAUUUGUAAUUAUGGAGACAUGGAAAAGAGGAGCUCACAUAAUCCUAUCACAUUACCUUUGUUUUGAAAUAUUAUCUUUUGGGGUCUUUGUGUGUAUAUAGAUUUAUUUUUGGGUAGGACUCGGUAAGAAAUACAUUCUAUUGUUUUGACAUUGUAUUAUUUGAAUGGUGUCGUUCUCCCUCUUCUUUCACUCUCGUCUUUCUGCUUUCACUCUUCUUUCACUCUCCUUUCACUCUUUUCUUUCACUCCUUUCAGUGGUUACUUAACACUCAAAAGAGAUGAGACUCCGUACCAUGAGGCAACAUUUAUACCUUCUGUUUCUCUUGUAUUUUCCCCCCUUAUUUGUAAUUAAAUUGUAAUCAGGGUUAAUUAAAACAGGUAAAAAUGGAAAA